AUGUACAAUGAUCGUGCAGAACUAACACGUCUUCUUCGAUAUCAUUUUGAUAAUGAAGGUACUUAUGAUCUUGUUCUUCAAGGUUUAUCACCUUGUGCCGAUCUAACUUCAUUUCAUGUUAGCGGUGGAACAGGCAAAACAUGUCCUAUUCUUGAAGUUUACUAUCAAACACGUUAUGAAGAUCCAUCGGUAUCAUUGUCCGACACAACACCACUCGAUCAAUUGCAAACACAAUUAGAUGUUGUUCAAGGAGAUAUCGAUGAACAUACUCAAGAAUUUGAUCGACUUAAAAAACAACGAACAUGGCUCGAUGGAAGAGCAUCAAAACUAAUGAAUCAAGAAGGACCUUUGAGUACAAGGGACCUUGAAACAAUGGAACAAUUUCUUAACUUUUAUCACAAAAUGCUCACUAGUAAUAAAACUGAUGUUACCUUGGAAGUAUCCUAUUUAAUCAGCAGUUGUUCAUGGAGUGCAAGCUAUGAUAUACGGGUUGAUAGUGGAGAAGGAAGACAACCAAAAACUCAACUUACUUAUUACGGUAUCAUUAUCAAUAAAAGUCAAGAGAAUUGGUCUGAUACACAAUUCUCAUUGUCUACAGCAACUCCAUCUCUAGGUGGUGCUGCUCCCAAAUUGGCCACACUUAAAGUCAACAGUCAUCAGUAUCAUGGUGUUCUACAACGUUUCAUGAGCUCAGCUACACAGGGUAUGUUGUCGAUGGGUGGAUCAAUGAGCAGAGUAUCAAAAGAUUUAUCGUAUGUACGCGAACGAAGAUCCCUAACUAGUUCUGCUGAUUUUUACAACGAUGAUGAAGAUACAUCACAAAAUAUUGUCAACGUAUUAGGAUCAAAAGCUGAAAUGAGUUUUUCCAUCACUAGUUUCACGAUUCCUCGUCGAUCGACUAUCGAUGCUGAUGUACGUCUCAAUUUGAUCUAA